GCGGUGCUCGGCGUUAAAUUGAAAAACUGUGCUCAUUUUCGCCUACCUGUUGCUAUGAGCAGAUUAUUUGUCGGACGCGUAGGUGCGGUGGGUCAGGUAACCAGUGGCGUGGGCAACGGUCAUGAGUGGGUGACAUUCCUGGAAAGCCCAUGGAAAGCACCACAUUCAAUUGAAUGAAUUGAGUGGCAAAAAGCGACAUGAAUUCCGCUCUCAACUGAACAGUCUUCAAUCGCGACUGCAGCGAACAGGUCGUCACGUCUACGCAUCAUGCAGCAGGAAAUCAGGCAGCAUCCAUUCAAAAUCAAUCCAAACAUUGAGUCGAGUGCCUGCUUUCGACGGGGCACUUGCAUCGAGCUGUCAACAGGUGUAUUGCGACGCGUGGAGGAUCUACGCACCGAGGACUUCAUUCAGUCGGCGCUGCGCAGUCAGCACUUUGACCUGAAGGAGGCGACGGUCGUUAAAAUUGACAGAAUAUCAACGCAUAUCAACAAUAUAACCUUUAGCUAUGAUACGCAGCAUUUGAAGGUUCACAUGGAGGUGGCAUCGGCUCAUCCGCUGUUUGUUUACGGUCAGGGCUGGGCCUCCUGCAAUCCGCAAUUGUCGUUCGAGCUUUACGAAUUAAAGUGCCAGCAGUUGCAGGUGGGCGACAUUUGCCUAUCGCUGGUGGCACACGAGCAACCACCGCCGGCCCCUGAGCUCCAUCCGACGCCACUGGACGUACCUUAUGCAUUCGAGGCAAACUGCCAAGCUGCAGCGCUGCCCAGACAUCCCUAUCAAGUGUACGCAGAGAUGGCGAACCUUGUGGCAGCCUAUACUCAACAUUUGAUGGGCAAAAUGAAAUAACUAGAAGUGUAAACAGUUCUGUAUUCAUAUAUUAAUUGUUUAUUGACAUAUACAUAUGUAUUAAAUAAUAAAGUCACAGCUAUAAAUAUAA